AUGCAGCUACAGCCUUAUAUUAAUUGGCUACAGCGUUUUACUCUGUACGAAACACCUGAUGACAUCUUUAUUGUUGCCUCUGAUACGAUUGAGAAGGCGUUUCGUGUUAUGAAAAUUUCUCGAAAACCAGUCUCAAUUUCACCCGGACCCUGUAGUUUUAACGGUAAUUCACCUUGCGUUUUGUCUCACUCAUGUAACUCAGUGGUAUCGGAACCCGUCCCUCCAUCGGCUAGCAUUUGCCAUCAUCUGACUAAAUCGCUGACAGCGGUCGGCCUUAUCGGUUUCAUCCGAUUUUUGAACGGCUAUUACUUAAUCGUGAUUACUAGACGACAAAAGGUAGCAGAAAUUGGAGAGCACACGAUUUACAAGGUAUUUAGUAACAAGAAGUCACUGGUUGCUAAUGCUUCGGAGGAAUUACGACUCUUGAAACUGUUCCAAAGCAUAGAACUGAACAGAAAUUUUUACUUCAGCUACACCUAUGACCUGACUAACACUUCCUUUCUUCAGUUUCUCACCAUACACGGGGGCGCUACUGCUUUCCGUUUGGUUAUAAACCAACGCUUCCUUUGGAACGCCCCUCUUAUGCCUCCCCGGUUCCAGCCUAAAUCGAGCGGUAUUUCCGAUUGGUUUGUUGGUUUGAUCCAUGGCUUUGCUAAACAGACCUCUCUCGUAUCGUGUGGGAUGCCCGUCUCCAUCCUCCUUCUAGCUCGAAGGUCACGCUUCUUUGCUGGCACACGCUUCCUCAAGAGAGGAGUCAAUAUCGACGGCAACGUUGCGAAUGAGGUGGAGACUGAGCAGAUUGUUUGCGACACCACAGAGCCAACGUUGUCUAGAAUGCACGUCUCGUCAUUGGUUCAACAUCGAGGCUCUGUUCCUCUAUUCUGGACUCAGGACACCACCCGUAUCGUUGUUGGAAAACCUCCAUUGGACCCCUAUUACGAGGCCUUUGGGAAGCAUUUCGCUGACUUGAUCGAGAGGCACGGUGCCCCAGUGCUAGUUUUGAAUCUGAUGAAGCAAAGGGAAAAGCGACCUUUUGAACAACUGCUUACGGAUGGAUUCUUGAGGGGCAUUAAUUACCUUAAUCAAGUGAGAAUCCCACCCAUCGUCCACCUCGGCUUUGACAUGGCGCGCGUCCAGCGCUCGCGCAACACGGCUGCUCUCGACAGUCUGCGACCGAUUGCAGAAGCCUGUCUCCAAAGAACCGGCAUUUUCUUCUCCGCAGGGUAUCCACCAGCUUCCCGCGAGGCCCUCAUUGUCCGUACGAGACUGAACAUGGGCUCUAGUUUAUGUCCUAGACAACAUGGUGUAGUAAGAACAAACUGUGUGGAUUGUCUGGAUCGAACAAACACCGCCCAGUUUGUGAUUGGUCACGUGGCGAUGUCUUAUCAGCUUCGAGCAAUGGGUCUUUUGCCAUUACCCGUACUUUCCUUUACCUCGACUAUAUCCAAACUCCUUCGCGAUCUCUACGACGAGCACGGAGACACCUUGGCUUUGCAGUAUGGGGGUAGCUGUGUGGUGCAUAACAUCGAAACUUACCAAAAACCACGCGGAUCCCGCGCCAAAUCGCGAAACAUCAUACAAACCCUCUCUCGCUACUACUCAAACAAUUUUGUCGAUUUUGAGAAGCAGUUGGCCACGGACCUUUUCCUCAGGAUAUUUCGUCCUGGAGCCGGGCCUGUGCUACCCAUCAACAGUUGGCAAGGCAACCUGGAAGCAAUAGCAGCUUCGGUGUCGUGUCGAUCGGGUCAGGCGUUUCUACUAUCUUCUGACUCGUCUAUUGAGGCUCACAUGCACUGGCUUCACGCCUGGUUCAACCUUCCAGGCUGUAGAAAGGCUUUAACCAAUUGGUUUCCUAGAGAUGCUCUUGUGGCUAGACAACUAUCGUUAAGCAAGUGGGGCAUCUGGAGUUCGGCUGAAGGGAAAUCGACCUCUGAUCAAAUGAAGGUGAAACCUGUUCAAAUGCUUGAUCUUCCGGCCAAUGAUCCUGGGUAA